AUGGCCAGGAAGGCCCACAAGAGCUUCAGCGGCGGCAGGAGCUCUGCCGAGUUGCUGGGCGUGUCCUCGCUCUUCCGGCACGUGCCCGAGGGGCUUGCCGAGAAGCUGUUCGCCAAGCUCAAUGACGCCAUCUACAGGCCAGACCAGGCCAUCACCAUCGAGGGCGCCGAGGGCGACAAGAUGUUUUUCUUCCUCACGGGCUCGUACAGCAUCCAGACGGGCAACGAUGUGCAGCAGGACGCCCAGCUGCGGUGCCGCGUCUUCGGCGAGGCGGCCCUGGUGGGCCUGACGAGCAGUUACCCAGCAUCCGCGAGGUCCACCGGAUUCACGCUGGUGCAGACGCUGUCGAGGUCGGACUUCAAGGACGCCAUGCGGGAGCACCCGGAGGAGUGGGACCGCUUCGAGGCGCUGAGGCUCCAGGUGGCGGGGGACGGCGGCCAUGGGCGACUGAGGCACAGGCUGAAGCACAAUCACUUCCUGUCGGAGGCGGGCGCGGACUUCCUCUCGGCCUGCUGCCGGUGCGCGGAGGACGCCUUCUUCGCCCCCGGGGAGGUCAUCGUCAACCGCGGCGACGUCCUCGGCCUGGGCCAGAGCCCCGUCUACGUGCUGCUCUGCGGCGAGGUGGAGGUCCUCAGCGAGCACAACAUACACAUGCUGUCCUUGAGCCCAGGCGAGGUCUUCGGCGAACAGGGCCUGCGCGAGGGGUGCAGCCCUCACGAGACUGUGCUCCGGAACUGGAAGCAGGGCCUCUCGCAUUGCGCCCGGCUCCGCGCCGACGCUCUCGAGGCCGCGGUCCACAGCUUCCCGGCGUGCCGCGACGCCCUGGAGGCGAUGCUGAAGCACCGCCAGGCGGCGGCCGCCGACUUCCGUGAGCGCCGGGCGGCCUGGCUCCAGCAGACCGUGGCACCGGCGCUCGCCAGCAGCUGGGUGUUCGCGGACUUCCCCCGGGAGGCCGUCGAGCGCAUCUCGGAGAAGGGCCACAUCGCCACGCCCCUCGACGCGGAGCGCAUCCCCGCCGGACAGAACAUCGUGGAGGCGGGGCAGCCAGCGGACUUCAUGAUCCUGCUUCUGCGGGGCGACGCAGAGGUGCUGUCCAAGUCCAGCUUGGUCGUCGGGAGCAUCUGCGGUGGCGCCAUGAUCGGGGAGGCGUGCAUGCUGGGCCUGCUCGCCUUCCGCACCGCCACCGUGCGCGCUGCGACGGCGUGCCACGUCGUGGCCGUCCCGAGCAGCGUGGUGCAGGACGUGCUCGGCUCCCCUGGCUUCGACGGCGCCCGUGAGGCCUUCGAUUCGCUCCGCGAGAGCCGCGGGGCGCAGGUCGCUCGGGCCGGACGGCAGGGGGAGAUAGGUUCAGUUUACCAGUUCUGCAGGUCUUUGGUGUUGAGCAGUGGCUCGCACCAUGAACUUGCCGACCAGGUCGCGGCUGGCUUGCCCAUGGCGGCGCUCCCCGUCGUCCUCGGCGACGGGUGGACCAGCGAGGCGAGAAGCUUUGCCACGGCCGUAGCGCUGCAGGCCGAGCACGUGCACGUCCCCGCCAGCGGGGUGUGGUACACCGCCGUGGCGCAAACCCAGACGUUCCGGCAUCUAAAAGCAUCGAGGAUGAAGUGCGACACGAGCGAGGGGCUAUUGGCAGGGGACUGGUUCCGUUACCGUCCUUCUGUUCAGUAG